AUGGAGCCAGAAGGCCCAUUGAAUGAUGAGGACUCGGAUGAAGACUGGUUCUGUGGAUCACCCGCAUUCCCAAACCAGUAUGCCUGUAUCACUCUUCGCGGUGGCUCUUGGAAUGGUCCUCCGGAGUGGGAAAUCCCUGACGAUGGCGAAGGGCCGGUUUUUGAGGGACCGGGAAGUACUCCCAGUCUCUCCAUUCUGGAAAACCCAGCCUCGCCGCCCACAAAUAUGCAAGAAGGCAUCGCGUCUGGCUGCAACCGCUACGUCCAGGCCAACAUCACGAUUGCCUCAUGUUGGAAGAUUACCAAUGAUGGCGGCACCUUGCAAGCACGCUUGUUCGAGGUCGACCUCGUUGUCGGCAAGCCGGGCGAGCGCUGCGAUACGCAGGUGUGGCUUGGCUACUAA